AUGACAGCAGCAACAAUUGCACCUGAUGCGCCAACUGCAACCCCGUCACUGACAACAGCAACAACAACAACAACAACAACAACAACAAAAGCAGCAAUACCACUACAGGCCAAGCAGAAAGUCCAAGUCCGCAGAGUCCAGGGACAACGACUCCUACAAAAACCAACUGGCCCCUCUGAAGGGACAGUAGCUCUCCUCAUCAAUGGGGAGUUCCGCGAAGAACUCAUCGCACUACUAGGAAAGGCCAAAGUAAGUCCACCGGACAACUUUGAUCCCACCGCCGCCAACGUGAUCGCCGAUCCCAAGUUGAAAGAAGAGGCCAUCGAGGUUAGGGCUGUCGUAAAGAUCUUGCAGAUCGCGGUCUCUGACUACGUGGAAGGCCGAAAAACUGACAGCACCAUCGCCCCAACUUUCCUGCCUGAGAGCGCCCCUGCUAUCCAGUGCCCUUGGACCCAGAUACACAACUUUGCCAUUCCAACGACGUUGCCAAAGCCAAUGGACGGCAUCUCGCUACUUAUAAAGCCAGAUUUUCCUCAUCAUGUACACCCCCUUCCAAUCAUUAACCCCCACGUUUUAUCGUGUAGGAUGUAUCCCUAUACUAUACACUGCGUAUACCUCCCACCACGAUUGAUAUCCUCUGAGUGUCAAGAGCAGCUGGUGUUGUUACCCGCCGACAACUUCACCAUUUUUUGCGGCGAAUUCAACGCUCGACCACACCACACAACUGGGGACACUCGAGGAAGACUACGAAGUGAAAUUAUGGCAAACUGGGUUAGCAAGGAGCAAUUCCAUGAUAUGCAGAUGAAAAUCCAUGACGAACUCGCCUUGGACUCUGACCACCACCUUUGUGAGCUAUCUUUUCAGCCUGUGUUUAUACCACAGCUCCCGACAGAAAACUCUGUCCGUCGACUUUGGAAGCUUCAACGACUGGAAAUCGAAGAGGUCUACAAAAAAUACCAAAGACGAUUUGAAGUGGGUUCAGGUACACUUCAACGAGAGAUCCAACAAACCCUGGAAGACACUUCCAUAUCGUGCCCUGUUGUCUUGGAGGCCUAUUCAGAACGUCUCAAUGAGACAAUCUAUAAGGCUUUGGAUGAUUCUGUUGGGCGAGCGUCACCACGACCAAAAGUUUGGAAGAACUUUUGGAAUGCCGAAUUACAACACCUAGCUGACCGGCGUCAAGAACUAUACCGUUGGCGACGCCGGUAUGUUGCAGCAAACCAAGAUCUGCGAACAGCAGUUCGGGCGGCACGACGACAAAUCUGGUACGAUUUCUGCGACAAAAUCCAAAAGGCUCCUUCAGAGAUGGUGAGUGCAUUAAAGAGAAUGAAGAUUCGGCAACGAUCUCCGAUUUCUCUGACAUCUCCAGAAGGACCACUUACAGCCGCUAAUAACAUGAUCGACCACCUUGAGAAUGUUUUUGGUGGAUCUACGGAAAUACGGACUGAACCGGCGGUUACACCAAUGGAGAGGGAAGUACCAUGGGACGUAGACCAAGUCAAGGAAGCUAUUCGUCGUUUGCCACGACGGAAAGCAUCAGAUAUUGAUCAUAUUAGGGCAGAGAUGCUCAAGCCUCUUGUAUCAACUCUAGGUCCUCUACUCCACAUGCUCUUCAAGCUGUGUUGGAGAUGGUCGUGGACGCCUGUCGCAUAG